AUGGAUCGUAGUUGGAUGAGAGCUAAUCGAUUAAGUGCUGAGUACAAACAUGGAGUGAUGCAAUUUCUACAGUUUGUUGAAAGUGAUGCGGAAAAAAAUCUUCCUCCUCUUGAAAGUAAUGCUGAAAAAAGUCUUCUCGUGCUUUUUCUCUGUCCAUGUGUUCGUUGUGCAAAUCAAGAACCAGAACUUAGUAAGAAAGAGAUCAUGAAUCAUCUAAUUUGUGUAGGGAUUUGUCAAAGUUAUACACAAUGGAUAUGGCACGGUGAAGUAGUAGCAAAGUCAAAUAUGUCCCAAAGAGAUAAUGUUAGUGUAGAAAUGGAUGAUCGUCUAGAAGACAUGAUGCGUGAAAUUGGACAAUAUUCGUUUAAGAGGGCACAUGCGUAUGAUACUUUAUGCAAUGACAAGGAUAAACCUUUGUACCCAGGAUGCACAAAUUUUACACGUUUGUCAGCCGUGUUAAAAUUAUUUAAUCUGAAGGCAAAUAACGGGUGGACUGAUAAAAGUUUUACCAAAUUGUUUGAAUUGUUGACACAAAUGCUUCCAGAAGGUAACAUAUUACCAAGUCGUUAUUACGAGGCGAAGAAAAUAUUGUGUCAGUUGGGUUUGGAGCAUGAAAAGAUACAUGCAUGCCCUAAUGAUUGUAUAUUAUACAGAAAAGAGUAUGUAAACUAUAAUCAUUGUCUGAAGUGCAAGGCGUCACAUUGA